AACGCUCACUGAUUGUUUGUAGUAUUAUCUUUUGACUAUAAAUAAAGGCUCCUAGUUUAACAUUCCAUGCACUUUUCAUUUUCAAGCACAAUACCUCUUCCAAUCUCUCUUUGCUAUGGCUAUCUCAAAGCUUCUAGUUGCAUCCCUUCUGGUAUCCUUUGUCCUCUUCCAUCUCGUGGAUGCUGAUGACCAAUCGGCACACGCACAGACUCAGGGUUCUCUUGUUCAGCAUAUAGAUUGUAAUGCUGCAUGUGCUGCGAGGUGCCGUUUAGCAUCUCGUCAACGCAUGUGUCACAGAGCAUGUGGAACUUGCUGCAGACGCUGCAACUGCGUGCCACCGGGAACUUCCGGUAACCAAGAAGUGUGUCCCUGUUAUGCCAGUCUCACCACCCACGGUGGCAGACGCAAGUGCCCUUAAUUAGAGUGUGAUACCCUUCCAACCCAUGCAAGUUAUUAUAUAUAUGGCCUUGCUUUGCAAUCUCGUCAUGGUAUGUUACGUGCAACAAAAUGUCAAUGUGUUCGAAGACUACCAGCGUCGGUGGAAAAUAAACUUGUGUCUUUUCAAUGCAUGUUGAAUCGUUGCAGUGCUAUUAUGCUUUCUCUUUAUGAGCUGUUGACUGUUGUAUCGAUCAUCAAGCUUAUAUAAUAAUAAAGCUUAAUUUGUUGUGUUGCUA